UAUUCCAUCUGAAGAAGAAAAAAUAACCGAGGAUCAAAAUGAUGAGGUUUCAUUACCACCUCCUAUUCCAUCUGAAGAAGAAAAAAUGGCUGAGGAUCAAAAAGAUGAUGAAGAGCAGAAAGUUGAAAAUCUUGAAUCUGAAAUCCAUCAAAAAGAACAUUAUUAUGAAAAUCAAGUUGUAAACGAUGACCAAGAACUAAAUCAAAAUUCGGAAGAACAAGUUGAAGUUGCUAUCCAAAAAGAGGACGAAGAACUAAAUCAAAAUUCGGAAGAACAGGUUGAAGUUGCUAUCCAAAAAGAUCAACAUCAACUUGAGGAAAAUCAAGUUCAGCUUCAACAAGGGGGGAAACAGAUCUUAUCUGAAGUCCAAAUUGAGCAAAAUCAGCAUGAGGGAAGUCAGGUCAGUAUUAAUAAUGAUCAAAAAGAACAUUACCAGCAUUUUGAUGAUCAGGUCACAGCAACAGCUGAUGAUCAGAAAGAACAGCACCCGCAUGAUGAUGAUCAGAUCGUGCAUCAGCACGAGGAGGUUUCUAAAAAAACUGAACUGUUUGUUGAUGAAGUUCACGUUGAAUCAGAUGUUACAGAAAAGAUCACAGAAUCUUCUACUGAAUCUUCCGAAGCAGUUCAAAUUGACCAAUCACGUGACAAUUCCCUCGUAUCAGAGGUACUAGAGAUUGAAACCACCUCAAUUAUGAAAGAAACAAUUAUUGAAUCUGAUAACGAAAAGUUAUCCGCAGAGCACGUCGCAAAUAAUGAAUCCAUUGAAAAGACUCCUAAUAUCGUUGAAACUAUAAAAGAGUCUCAAUAUACUUCAUCCACUUCACAUGAUGAUUCAACGAACCCUGUUACAUUUAUUGAAAAAGAAAUUAAUAUUUCCGGUGAAGUAACUUCUGAACAAACAAAGGAAGAAAUGGUAUCCAGUAAUCAAGAUGAAGGAAUUUCUUCGAUAACAACAAUUACACAAGAGACACCCGACUCUGAAACUUCAGAUGUUAAUGUUGAGGGAUUAAGUAACGAAGUUAUUAUUGUACAAUCUGUCGUUAAAGAUGAAUCCAUCAAUGAAUUUACUGAACAAUCUAUUAUAAAAGAUGAAUCCAUCAAUGAAUUUACUGAACAAUCUAUUAGUAAAGAUGAAUCCAUCAAUGAAUUUACUGAACAAUCUGUUAUUAAAGAUGAAUCCAUCAAUGAAUUUACUGAACAAUCGGUUAUUAAAGAUGAAUUGAUCAAUGAGUUUACUGAACAAUCUGUCAUUAAAGAUGAUUCGAUUAAUGAAUUUACUGAACAAUCUGUCGUUAAAGAUGAUGAUUCAAUCAAUAAAUUUACUGAACAAUCUGUUGUUUUUGAAGAUGAAUCUAAAGUUACAGAAUUUAUCGAGGAUAAACCUCCUUCAAUCGAUGAAAAACACGAACAGAACGUUUCACCUUCAAGCGUUAAAAUAUCCGAUUCAACAACUAAUGCUACAGAAAUAAUAAUGCCCUCUGCAGAUGUGGAUUAUGAAGAAACUUAUGAACCUGAACUUGACCCAAUAAAUGAAAAUGAUGAUGAUGAUGAGGAUGAGGAUGAUGAUUAUGAGGAUGAUGAUUAUAAUAAGGAUGAUGAUAAUGAAUAUUCGACCUAUGAUGAUAUGUUCAAUCACUUCAAUGGAGAGACAUAUCCUGAAGGAGUAUCUGCAGAGUCUAUUAAGGAGGUUAUAUUGAAUCAUACUUGGGCUAAGGAUGAAUCGAUAGAUGAAACUAUUCCUAGUACAUGGCUAGAAUCGUACGAGUCAACGGCCUAUGUAUGGUCCGAGAAUACUCAAGUUGAAUGGUCGAAUAAAGACACUUGGGCAUUAAUUGAAGAAAAUACUGGUACUCCCAAAUCUGAGCACGUAAUUGAAAAAAUUUAUUCAAGUAAUGAAGUAACCGAAUCGCAGGAAAUUCUUUCAACGUCCCUUGUUGAGGAGACAGUCACAGAACAAGAAGGAAUCCCGUCUUCUACAAAUGUAAAUGAAAAUCUUGAAAGCACUCUCGUAAGAGAGGUGCCUGCGCAAUCGACCAAUAAUGAAUCACACAUGGAAGAUAAAACUCGAGAGAUUAUCGUUGAAGAAAAGGCAAAAGAAUACGAUAUCAUGAGUGGAGAAAAACUCGUUAUCAAAGAAAAUAUUAAUUCAACAACAGAAGUCAAAGUAAUAGCUGAGCCUUCAUCUGUUCAAUAUGAAAAACCAGAAAGUAGCGCCACAGCUGAUGAGAAGGUAUCUUCAAUGCCCACAACUGUAAUAGCACCUGCAAAUGAUCAAGAUUUGAUUAAUGCGGAUGUAUUAAAAGCGAUCGAAAAACUAAAAUUGAUCGAAAAACAAGAAAAUUCCGAAGAAUCCUUAACAGGAGUAAAUAUUUCAGCUGGCAAGAUAAGUCAACCUACCAAUGCGUCACGAGAAAUUGUUUCUCCAACUAAAGAAUCAUUAAGCAUAAAAUCUAAAAGCAAGAAGAAGCCUCCUAUAGAGAUAACAUCCCGAGAAGUUUUACAAAAAGAUCUAAAAUCUGUCCAACAACAUGACGACUUGAAUAAAUUAGAUUUUAAUAUAGUUUAUUUAGUAACUACGGUAGCUACGACGUUUACUCUUGGAAUAAUUUCCAUGCUAUACAAAUCAGUUUUUGGACAGAAAAGAAAUAGAUGAAGAUAUUAAUGACGAUAUUAAAAGAGGAUUUUUCUAUAUAUUUUCUUCGUUUAUAUAUAUAUUGCCUAUACAGGCGAAUUGGACAUUUUGGUUUAAAUAACGAACAUUUGAUCUUUUUUUUUCAUAAUUUUUCAAUACAUCUACAUCUAAUGUUUAUCGCACUUUGAAAAUACCCCCAAUCCUAUCACAAAUGCAACAAUCAUUUUUAUUUAAAUAUACACUAGCCUUGGCUUCAUGUUAUUGAGGAAUCUUUUUUUUUUUUUAUUCCACUUAACAAAUUUUAAAUUUCAAUUAUCUUUCUCAUAGUUCUUUUAGAAUUCAAGUUAACGAACUUUCUGAUCUGUUUACUACAAAGUUUAUUGGACGAUAUUUCAUGAUUUCUAAUUCUUUUCUACAAUAUAAAGUAGUUGAC